AUGAAAGAAUUACCUAAAGACAUAGAUAAAUUACCUAAGGAGAUCACCUUGGAUAUCUUCUCAAGAUUUACUCUCAAGUUUUUGUGUCAAAUUCGGUCUGUAUGCAAAUCAUGGUGUAGCCUUAUAGACGAUAUUGGCCUCGCUAUCCUAGUCACGGAACUAGCUCAGCAUGGAGAAGAACCCAUGCCCCUCAUGGUCAAACAUAUUCCAGAGGAUCCAUGCAAACUCUGGUUUUUACUUACUUUCAAAUCGACAUAUUUGGGGGUUACUUACUUGAAGAUGACUAAGGACCCAGUUUAUGAGUUCAAGCGCGAUAUCUGGUCCAAGGGUUAUAAUUUAAACCUGGUAGAAGGAUCCUGUAACGGGUUGAUCUAUUCUAUUAAAGAUAGAGAAGAUAGGUAUCAUGGUACCACAACUUUUGUUGUAAUGGAUCUUUCAAGGAAAAGAAGCUAUAUGGUGCCACAUAUCAAUUUUCCGUCAGGUUUGAUGUUGUCGUCCGGGCUAGGUUUUGAUAGUUGGACCGGAACUUUUAAGAUGGUGUGUGUAUUCUACAAUAAACCUGUAGUAUCACUAGCAUCACCCUUGAGUAUUGAUCUGAUCACGGAGAAUCUAGUUACCAUGGUUCAUGUGUUGGGUACCGACUCAUGGCGUACGAUAUCCAAUGUCAUGUCUUAUCCUACUAAAGGGGAAGGCGUAUUUGCUCAUGGAUGUAUACAUUGGUUGUUUGCUUGUCUUGACCUUCAUCAGUUGUUUGAAGGCAAGGAUGGAAGAAAUAAAGUAGUAUGUUUUAAUGUGGCCCAGGAGGAAUUCGCGUUGAUAGAUCUUCCCAGACAGACAAUAGAGGGUGAGCGUGUUGAUCAUUUGGUCGAUUUACUAGGUGAAGUUGGACUUGUGUUUGAUAAUGUUGGCGAAUCGGUCAUGGAGGUUUGGGUAUUGAAACAGAAAAAAUUAUGGGUGAUACAUUGUCGUUUUAGUAAAAGCGAACCUCUUAAAAAUGGCAUCAUAAGGGUUAUAGGUUAUUGGAACAAAGACAGAGAUAUAUUGUUGACAAUCAACAUAAACACCAAGAAAAGGUUAUUUGUUUAUUGCUUGAAAAGUAGGGUUGUAUGUGAAGAAAUAAAGUUCGAGCAUUGCAAAUAUGGACGUAAAACAGAGAUCCGAAUGUAUCAAAGGAGCCUCUUCUCAAUCCCUAGCAACAAAAAUCUUAUACAAAUGAUCUAG